GCGGUGAGGAGCACCGACGGGGCUGAGCUCUGCUGCUUCCCAGAGAAGACUUGCCUUGCCUUUGGCGCUCCUCUCUGCCGCUCUCUCCUUCGGGCUCCAUGGCUGCCUCGGCGCUGGUUCCGCGGGGCGCCUGGCUCUCCUCCUGGGCGGCUCUCGGGCUCCUGGCGCUCCUCAUCCACUUGGCUUCCUCGGCGGCACCAGAGAAGGACGUGCCAAGCAGACCUUUACGAUUUCGCGUCAGAUCGUCACCUUCAUCGCCUGACAGAUCACCUCUUCGUUGGAGGCUACCUCAAUAUUCAGGGUCAAGGAUCCCCGGCAGAUAUCCAGGUUACCUCUCCCGAUAUGGGGAAAGCAGCAGAAAGAUGAGCUAUAAACCACUACCUAAAGAAAGAAGCCAUGACAUUAAAAAACUAGAAGAUGAAUUGGAGGAGGUAAAGGACAUCACUGUGCGUGUUAUGUCAUCUCAGUCAGUGCUGGUUACAUGGACAGAUCCUAUCUAUGAGAAACAGAGGAGAGCUGCAACCCCCAGGCAGUACGCUGUUCGUUACAGAGAGAAAGGAGAAUCAGCAAGGUGGGAUUACAAGCAAAUACAUAACAGACGGGUGUUGGUGGAUAAACUAAUUCCAGAUACCAUGUAUGAAUUUGCAGUGCAAAUUUCACAGGGAGAAACAGAAGGCAAGUGGAGUGCUUCAGUUUACCAAAGGACCCCAGAAUCUGCUCCCACUAGUGCACCAGAAAAUCUGAAUGUUUGGCCAAUAAAAGGUGAAACUCCUUCAGUUGCUGCUACUUGGGAUGCUCUUUCAGAAAGUGAAGGAAAGGUGAAAGAAUACAUUCUCUCAUACGCCCCCGCUCUCAAACCCUUCGGAGCAAAGUCCAUUUCCUACCCAGGAGACACCACGUCUGCCCUUGUGGAUGACCUGCAGCCCGGAGAGCGCUAUAUUUUCAAAAUCCGUGCAGCAAACAGGAGGGGCCAAGGCCCUCAGUCAAAAGCCUUCAGUGUUGUUUUGCCAACAGAUGGAGCAACAGUUGAUCAGCAAACAAAUACUGAAGAAGAUUCAGAACCAAGAAUGUCUUCUUCCUCAUCUGAAACUCUCUCACCAGGCUCUUCCUUUAAGGGUACUUCUGCUCAUCCAUCCAGUUUUCCUGGUGGCAGAGACUCAAAAGGUUCCAUAUCUGAUCUAAAAAACAAAAUCCUAGCUGGUAAUCGAGCUCUUACAAAAUCCCAGCCAUCUUCUGGAAAGGGAGCAGCAGUGAACACCGAGAGACACUCCUCAAAAGACACUGCUGACCAUGAUUCUGUCCAAGAAACAUCAACAGUGCAUCCAAGAAUUCAGGAUAUGAAGAGUGGUGUUAAAUCCCAUUCCCCCUUGAAACCAUCACAUGCUAUUAGUUCCUCAGGGAAAAUUCCUCUUAGGUCACGUACACCACUAAGGACAGGGAAGCCAAUUAUUGAUCAUCAAAAGUCAUCCUCCCCUCAAUCAUCAUCAUCAUCAUCAUCUUCCAUUCCUAAAUAUACAGAAAAUGAAACAAAGAAUCUCAGAGAGGACAGAUCGAAUGUUCCUUCUUCAUCUGAAGCCACCUUAGAUAGUCUGCCUGUUGAUAAUGAAAGUCAUGAUCAGGUUGACAGUGCAGAGGAAAAGGCAGUUGUGAUUCCUAAAACUCUAGGAAAUAGUCAUUUCCGUUCAAAUCAGCAGCCUUCUGCAUCUCGGAAGGUAGUUCAUAGUAGGCCCACAAAUUCCAAGCAUCCUUCCUAUCAACUGGUUCCCUCUGAUACUACUGAUACACUUGAGAUUUAUAAAAACAAAGAGUCAGAAAAAAGAGAGCAAAAGCCAGGCUCAAGGCCUGUUUCUCCUCAGGGUGGUUCUUCUGCAUCUGUGAAUACAAAGCCUUUGUCCCAUUCUAGUCGUCAGAGAGAUCCAAGAAUAGCAACCUCAGCAGUUUCUGCUGCCGUUACCCAUACUUUACCACAUUCAUAUGGUUCCUCUUCUGCUAAACGUAAGCCCAAUGGAAGAUAUGAUUCUAAUGAUAAUGGUCGUGACAGUAGUGAAAGAGAUGAAGAUGAAGAAAACCAUCGAGGUUCAUCAUUUUCUAGACCCAAUUCUAGGACUUCUUCAAGCCAGGCAGUACCUGAACGCUUUGAUCUGUCCAAAUAUAGAUCUGCUCAUACUAUGAAUCGAUUUGCAAACCAAGCAAGUAAUACCAGGACACAAUCCUCAAAAGAUGUCUCCACAACACAGUCUUCAAAGGUUCACCCUCAGUCCAAUUCUCAUUUAACAUCUGGAAGGGCUAAUUCCAAUAUUGAUAAAGAACUGGAAGCUGAAGAUGAAAAACCUCUUCCAUCAACCCUGUCCCAUGGUCAUUCACCAUCAUUUUCUAAACCUUCAGUGGACUACACCAGAAAAAGGGUUCCUCUGGUUGAAUCUGGGAACCAUCACAGGAUUGUGAAUGUUGACAAUUCUAGUCCUACACCUACACAGGAAGAAAGUUAUAGUGAAGGAAAGGAAGCCACAGAUAGAGAUUCUUCACAUAAAAACUCAGGUAGCCAAUCUGCUUCACUGAGCAAGCAUCGUUCUACUGUGUCUCACAAGUUAACAAAUGGUCAGAGUUCAAGGUCCAGAGGAGCAUCCCGAUUUACUGAAUCAAUUUCGAGGACCUCUGUGGAGAGAUCAUCCCCACUUCAUACUCCUGCUUCCAAAUACCAACCUAAUGACCCUGAGAGCAAAGAUAAAUCUCCACAAGCAAAACUGUCCUCACCUUUAUCUAAAGCAACAUUAACGGGAGGUUCUCAUGCAUUGUCCCGUAAAACGCUCCAACCAGAAAACAGCCAUUCCUCAAAAACAUUAACUGAUCAAUCACAAUCUCAAUAUUCCUUAAAUUCCAGAAACCAUCCCACAUUAACAUCUCUCCAAAGUCAAGAAAAAAUAGAAGAUGAUGAAAAUUCUGAAGAAAAGUAUUACAAAGAAACAAUACAUAAGGAGGAACAGGGAAAUCCUCAUUCAGCAGCUGCCAAAGAAGUUUUUCCAUCUAGGCGAACAUCUACAAUUUUGUCUCAGGGAAGUACCAGUGCUCUUUCAAAGCAUUCUGAUUCUCACAUGAGUAAAUCUGGUGAAAGGUCCUCAUCUCAGCGUGAGUCUUCACCUUCCUCCAAAAGGUUAAGCUUGUCCCCUGGAAAACCUUCUGGAUCAAAGAUUAUUUCUUCUAGUGAAGACAUAUCUGAUGUAUAUAAAUUGCACACAUCUUCCCAUCAGUCAAAAUAUAUACAGCCUUCACCUGCCUCCUCAAAAGACACAAUCAGGGACCAUACAUACAACAGAGAAAGAUCCUCCUUAUCAAAAGUCUCCUCAGCUUCUCGAAAAGAAAUCCAUCCUUCCAUGCCCAAUUAUCCAUCCAGGUCUAAAGUCUCUACUAGGACAGAAUCCCAGACAGACAAAAAAUAUGGACUCAUUGAGCCAACCUCUACAAAAGUUGAACUUUCUCCAGAAACAUCUUCCUCUAAAACACAACAGUCAUUUUCAAGUAACAAUAAUGAAGAUGACUCUGAUCAGUUGGAAAUAGAGGAAAACCCCACAUCAUCAUCUUCAGCAACAAGGUGGGGAUCUUCCUCAGUUUCAAGAGGCAGUAAAAACUUGAACAAUUUUGCCAGUGGUAAAAGUAAAUCACCAAGUCCUGUUUCAACUCACAAAGCAAAAAUUGCUAAUAAGGAGGAAUAUGGGGAAGAGGAAGUAAAAGAGGAUGAGGAAAAUCCUAUUUCCAAAACAUCGAAUGUGGCACCUUUGGGUAGAACUCCUUUCUUAACUUCCAGGGCUUCUCAGGCUUCCAAAAAAACACAUGCUUUGCCACACUCCUCCAGAUCUACUUCUGUAUUUUCUCAUACUCAUCCCAGUCAUUCUGCUUCUCCAACACAUUCUUCAGCUUCCCCCUCAGCAUCCUCCAAUCAACCAAUACAGAACUCAAGAUUAUCUAACCCUUCUCAACGACAGCAACUUAGAUUUCCUCACAGACAAGGCAAUGGUGGCCGGCCGAAUCUAACAACAAAGCAAGAUCUAAAUAAUAAGAUAACUCCUGGUAAUAAUGGAAAGCGAAAUGGACAGAAGAUAAUAAAUGGUCCACAAGGAAUAAAGUGGGUCGUAGAUCUUGAUAGAGGACUGGUGUUGAAUAUAGAAGGAAGGUACCUCCAAGAUUCACAAGGAAAGCCUCUCAGAGUAAAAUUAGGAGGAGAUGGCCGUACUAUUGUUGAUUCUAAAGGAGCUCCAAUAGUAAGUCCUGAAGGUUUGCCUUUGUUUGGACAUGGGAGAUUUAGCAAGCCUGUAGCCAAUGCACAAGACAAACCAAUCAUAAGUCUUGGUGGGAAGCCAUUGAUAGGCCUUGAAAUGGUGAAAAGAACAACAACUCCACCAAUAACGACUACUACAACUACCACUACUACUGUCCCUACUACUACCACUCCUGAACCAACAACUACUGAGCCACCAACAGAGAAACCAUUGCCUACCUGUCCCCCAGGAACCUAUCCAGAGUAUAAUGACGUGGGGGAUCUUGUAUUAGGCCAUAAUGAUCUUCCUCAAUGCAAUACUGAAGAUACAUUCUCAGGGCUUGAUGCUGAUGUAACUGGGACUACAGAAUCUUACGUGAUAUAUGAUGAAGACUAUGAGUUUUUUGAAACCACGUUGCCUCCCUCUACCACCACCAUUGCAACCACCACAACAGAAGCCCUGCCUGAAACCAUCUUCCCAGAGUUCAGUGUCACAGGCACAGAUCCUCUCUCAGAAUAUGAUGCUGCUGGAAAGAAACGAUUUACUGCUCCUUAUGUGACUUAUCUAAACAAAGACCCGGGAGCUCCUUGCUCAUUGACAGAGGCACUGGAUCAUUUCCAAGUAGAGAGCCUGGAUGAAAUCAUACCCAAUGACCUAAAAAACACAGAGAUGCGUCCUCAGAAGGCCCCUCACAAUAUUACCGUAGUAGCUGUUGAAGGCUGCCAUUCCUUUGUGAUUCUUGACUGGGCUAAACCUAUGCAUGGAGACAUGGUCACAGGAUAUUUGGUUUACAGUGCAUCAUAUGAUGACUUCAUCAGAAACAAAUGGUCAACCAAGUCUUCAGGAAACACAAAUUUACCCAUUGAGAACCUGAAGCCAAAUACAAGGUAUUACUUCAGAGUUCAAGCAAAGAAUCCAUUUGGUUUUGGACCUAUAAGCUCAUCUAUUUCCUAUGUUACCGAAUCAGAUAAUCCUCUACUUAUUGUCAGACCACCGGGUGGUGAACCAAUUUGGAUCCCAUUCUCUUUCAAAUAUGAUCCCACAUACUCUGAAUGCAGUGGCAAGCAAUAUGUGAAACGGACAUGGUACAGGAAGUUUGUUGGUGUUGUUCUUUGUAAUUCGCUGCGAUACAAGAUUUAUCUCAGUGAUGACCUAAGGGAUACAUUUUACAGCAUUGGCGAUAGCUGGGGAAGAGGUGAAGAUCACUGUCAGUUUGUGGAUUCGCAUCUGGAUGGAAGAACAGGACCACAAUCAUAUGUGGAAGCCCUGCCUCCUAUUCAAGGUUAUUAUCGUCAGUAUCGACAAGAGCCUGUAUCAUUUGGACGCAUUGGAUACAUGACACCUUAUUACUAUGUGGGCUGGUAUGAGUGUGGUGUACCCAUUCCAGGAAAAUGGUAACGGAGUUGCAGACUUUCUGCAGUUCUAAGCACAGUGCACCCAACAGUGCCUUUUGAAUGGCUAUUGCUGGAGGACGCUGGGCAGCUGGUACAAAAGAGCAAAAGAAAACAGCAGCAUGAAAAAAGAAGAAACCAGUGAAGACUCAAUAGACAUUGAUGAAAUUCAAUACUGUGUAGGUUUUCGUCAACCUAAGUCUAUGGUGCUCUUUGGUUCCUCUUGAUGCAAAGCGCAUACAGGAUUAAGUCUGGGUGUGCUGUCCGCUUUCCCUUGCCUUUAAAAGGCAUGGGGGUGCAAUCGCAAUAUGUGCUCAGUGAAACCUAACAUAUUUGGCUAGCCACAAAAAAAUGGGGUGGGGGUGGGGAUAUAUUUAGCAAAGAACGACUUAAGCAUGCUUUGCUUGCAUUAUGGAAUGCUAACCACUUUCUACUGCUAUUAAUAGAAUUUUUGUGUUGCCUUCAACUGCCUUCUGCUCCAGAAUAUUGCUAUGCACUCAUGUUGUGUCAAUGACAUGCCCAUGAAAACCUGUCACUGUUAUUCAACACUUCUGUGUGUUGCUGGAUUAAAAUCCUGGGUCACUAUGUAAAUUGAAACUUUACAAAACCAAGAACAACCAGUACUGUAUGCUUGCAGGGGUAUUUCCUAGAACUGAGGUUUUCUUAUUGAUUUAGAUAAAUAUGUCUAAAGGAUGAUGUUUGUAUGUAAAAGGUGCUACUAACUAACAAGUCGUCUACAAAUAUUCUGUGAAAAAUAUACUAUGCACAAUACGUUAACCAUGUAAAGAACCAGGCUUCCCUUUUUGUGAGUACUGUUGAACUGUAAUGAUGUUAAUAUUUGUAUAAAAUAGAAGAAUUCAGCACCUGG